CUCUGCUCCGUGCCCGGCGUCUCCCCGUCCCCGCGCCCGUAGCGCCUCGCGCUCCGACCGUUGGCGCACGGCGAUGGCGGCGAAGCUGACGAUGCGCGUUCUGCUGCUCUUUGUCCUCACCGGGCUGCUCUUGCGCCCCGACGCUGCCGCCAGCAUCCCGCCGGCAUGCGACAAAUACAGCCGUCUGCCUGGAUGUCCGAGGGACUACAACCCAGUCUGUGGGACUGAUGGAAAGACCUACUCCAACGAGUGUGUGCUCUGCCUUUCCAACAGUGAAGAAAAUAAGAAUGUCCAGAUUUACAAGAAUGGAAUGUGUUGAUAAGGCAGAUGACAACUCUUCAAGCAAAUGAGAACAAAGUCAGUCCAAAUAGAAACAGUUCAUUAGAAGUAGCUUCUCUGUAGUCUGUCCUAAUAAAUAAACUUGCAUUUUUAAACCAA